AUCUUAGGAACACACCAUGUGGAAUCAAAGUAUGGGAAAAAAUAUAACAACCCGCAGCCCAAAAGUUCUACUAAAUAGCAUGAAAUAGAACAGAUAGAAGCAACAUAACUACAAUGGCAAUCUCUUAUAACACAAAUUCCUUUUUGUUCAUCCUUGUUCUUUUACUCCUUGUACCUAUCAAUCAUACCUUAAACUCAGAUGAUUUGGUUUCUGAACUAACUGUCCUUCGUUCUCGAUCUUCUACUGGUGUCAUUCACCUUUCAAACAGACUACUCUGGCAAAUUUUAUCGGUACCUGUCCCUAGGCCAUUCACUCUCCUUGUAUUCUUUGAUUCCCAGAAGCUACAUUCAGAUUCAGAGAUUUCACUCCCCAAACUCAAAAACGAGUUCUUGGUUCUCUCGUCUUCUUUUCACACAAACAAUCCAGAUAACAAGAAGUUCUUCUUCUUUGACAUUGAGUUUCAAGAAUCACAAGCUUCUUUUGCUCUAUUUGGUGUCAAGUCUCUCCCCCAUAUAUGUUUAGUUCCCCCUUUUGCCAUUGAUUUCGAAAGGGAUUCGAUUCAGAUGGAGUCCUCUGAUAUCUGGAGGCAUGCUGAAUCGAUGGCAGAGUUCGUGGAGGCCAAAAGUGAACACACUGUUGGUACAAUUCAUCGACCAGGUUUUAUUUCCAAGAAGCAGAGGAUGUGUAUCAUAGCUCUGGGGCUAAUCUUGAGUCCAUUUCUAGUGAAAAAGAUUGUAUCUGGGAACAGCCUUUUGCAUGAUAAGAACAUAUGGAUGGCAGGGUCGAUUUUCGUGUACUUCUUCAGUGUUUCAGGGACAAUGUACAACAUAAUCAACAAGAUACCUAUAGCUAUGAUGGAUAGAGAUGAUCCAGGAAAGCUGAUUUUCUUCUACGACGGAUCUGGGAUGCAGUUGGGUGCUGAGGGGUUUACAGUUGGGUUCUUGUACACGAUUUUCGGGUUGAUGUUGGCCUUUGUCACUCAUGUUCUUAUCCAUGUGAAGAACAGGAAUAUCCAGAGGUUUGUGAUGCUUUUGGCAAUCUUUGUUUCAUUUUGGGCUGUAAAGAAGGUAUUUUACCUUUAUAACUGGAAGACUGGGCUUGGUCCUAUUUAUGGGUGAACUGUUUGGCUGAUGCACAAUAUGUAAGAGAACUAUAUCAGUUUAUACUAGUUGUUACAUGUUAGU